UAAAUUACCACCGCAAUGAGGGCUUCUCACUGCCCGUCUUCGCACCCCAGGCGUUGCGGCAUGAAGAGAUCUUCGGACGCUCUGAACGGCACGGCCGAGGAACUCCAGGCUCUGAGCGAUGGAGGUCUCAACGUGGUCGUCCUACCGGCGACAACUUACCGACGGAAAACACGCUCAACGGAGGCGGCCAAGAUGCCGGCGGCCCCGGGACCCAAGGACCCAUACCAUUUCGUCAAUUUCACCAUGUUCCUGUUUGGCGUCGGCUCGCUGCUGCCGUGGAACUUCUUCAUCACGGCUGAUGACUACUGGCGAUACAAGUUCCGCAACGUGAAUGCGUCAGGAGAAGUGCACACGAAGAGCGACCUGCAGGCGGCCUUUACCAGCUACCUGGCCAUGGCCAGCAAGGCGCCCUACAUCAUCUCGUUGGUCCUGAACACCUACCUGAGCCACCGCAUUCGACCCGCUGUGCGCAUCGGAUGGCCCCUGCUGGGCUGCACGCUCUUCUUCGUGGCCACGGCGGCCCUCGUCAAGGUGGACACGGACCACUACCAGACUGCUUUCAUGGCUGCCACACUGGUCAUCGUAGUCCUCAUCAACAUCUUCUGCGGUUUCCUGCAAGGAGGUGGCACUGGCCUGGCUGGUUGCUUCCCUGAAAAAUACAUGGCUUCUAACCUCAAUGGCCAGGCCGUGGGCGGCGUGUUCGCUACUGUGGCUCAAAUCUUCUGCUUGCUGGGCGAUGCCUCACCGACCACGAGUGCAUUGCUGUACUUCUUGCUUGCCGUUGGGACGUUAAUCAUCACCCAAAUAUGCUUCGGUGUAUUAGUGAAGACGGAAUUCUACCGCUAUUACACUUCUAUGCAAGCAGUCAGUUACAAAGAGUUUGACAAGGUCCCACUGGAUAAUACCGGGGGCAAGGCGUCUCCAUGGCAACUCUUCAAGGGGGGUUGGAUGUACUUCGUGUCUAUCGUCCUUAUCUUCUGGGUGACGCUGUCAAUAUUCCCAGCCAUAAUGGUCUUGGUUGUGUCUACGCGUGCCGACAGUGGAGCAGCCAUUGCAAAUAAGUUCUUCCUCCCUAUCGCUGGGUUCCUGGUGUUCAACAUUGGAGACCUGGUGGGCAGGAUCAUUUCCAGCUACGUCCCGUUGCGAGCAGUGUGGAGGAAGACCAUGCUCGCCCUCUGCCUGUCCCGGGUGGUGUUCAUUCCGCUGUUCCUGGUCUGCAACGCCUACCCCCGUUACAACCUGCCCGUGCUGUUCGAGAGUGACACGGCUUUCAUCAUCCUCAUGGUGCUGUUCUCUGUAUCCAACGGCUACCUCGUCACGCCUGCCCUCACGCAUGCGUCGAAGUCCACAUCGCCAGAAAAUCAGGAAAUGGCCGGCUCCAUGGCCGCCGUCUUUCUAGGACUCGGUCUACUUUUAGGAUCCCUAUCCUCCUAUGGCACCGUGAAGCUUCUUUAGGCUUAGCCCGUAGGAAAGCAAGUGGACAAGUGACGAAGAAGUACGAGUCGAAAGACUUUUCCACAGCAGCUGCUCCAGGCCAGCGGAUAUGCAGGACAGAGUGAAAGCGAGACUACGAUUAAUUUAAUCACAUGAGCAUUCAAACACGACCGUAUACUCACUUGUACGUAGUUUUAUACGCAAGGUGAGAUAUGUUAAUGCGAUGCUGAGUGUUGCAGAUUUUUAUGCAGAAUACAUUUUAGUGCUUUUAAA